UGUAAGUCUCUCCGCGCAGGGUCUUUCCAGGCCUUGACCGAACACAUACUUGCAUCGCAUCGAAACCUGUGCACACGUACCAAAUCCUGCCGAAUUGGUCCGGAGAAUCAGAUGGCGGAACUUAAACCGGAGAAGAAAGGAUGUGGAGUGGGCUGCUACCUCCUGGCCUAAAUGAAAGUGAUAUUGAAUUGAAUUCUGAAGAUGAAACCCCAUUAGAGAACUCUGGACUUAACCUACAGGAAGAUAAAGAAGAUGGGGCCAUUACAAAAACAGAGGUCUCAGAUUUCCCAACAGAUGGACCAAAACCUGAAGGAGAGGCAAAUGUCAAUGCAUAUGAAGAGUGCCCUUCUGGAAUUCCCUUAAAUAUGUGGCAUAAAUUUCAAGAAUUGCAUAAAAAACAUUCUGAACAGAAAACCUCAACUUCAGGAUUCAGAAGGAAAAAAAGAAAACGCUCCAGGAAAGGUAAAUUGAAGAAUGAGGAAGAGUCUCAUAGUGAGCAGACCCCAAGUGAAACCCAGUGGAAGGAGCUUACUCAGUAUUUUGGAAUCAAUGAUAGGUUUGACCCCCCUGUUAAGAAGAAAAAAAUCGAUAAGUCGGGCCUUGAAAAGAGCAUAGACCAGGCUGUGGAAGAAUGGAACAUCGAGAAGGCUGAGGAACUCAGCAACCAGCUAGCUACUCGAGAGCUUGGUGUUAAAAUUGCCAAAGCAGUUGCCUGCCACAACUUUGUAAAAGCCAAAAAGGAUGCUGAAAAUUCGCAGGUUGCUCGAAAAAAGAAAAAACUUGCAUGGGGGUUUGAAGCAAAGAAGAGAUGGGAAACCAAGAGCAACAUGGGAUAUAUGUAACUUGCCAGAAUUCCUCAAGACAUUUGAGUCUUGACUUGGGUUUUUACCUGAGUCUUCAACUGCUCAAUUUGCUGAUAAUGUUAACUAUAUCAGAAGACUAAUAGAAGUUGGAAAAAUAAGCAUAAAAUUUGGGAGUUGGUUAUUAAAUCUUUUCAGUCUUUUUCUAAA